CAAUCACCUGACUGUCGCAUGAGUGUGUCUGCUAGCUGCUCGGUACUUGUUGUUAGUGUUCCGACAGAAAUGUCAUAGGCACAACGAAAAUGGUACAUUGGCGUUGGGAAUUUUGAAGAAAAGAACUAUAUGGUACUGAAAUGAUUUUUCAAUUGUUAGUUCUUCUCCAGCUGUGCUUGGUUACGUUUCAAAAUGAUGUAAACGUGACUGUAAAUCCAUCAGACGUAACCCUUCAACUUGGCGAUUCAGAUGUUGUUAACAUCACAUCUGUAAUUGUAUUGAAACAUCCAGCAGAUGUUUACCCGACAAGUAACCUACCAUGGGUUGCUAAUGUUACGGAGUAUGUUGUCAUACUAGAUGCCAAUAAAAGUCACUCGUCGGCUACAUUACAUAUAAACACUUACCAUGCCGGAGAAUGUAUCAUAGACUUUAAUACAACAUCAAAAGAACUUGGAGAUGUAUCUGAAGUAUUUUUGAAACUAGAAGUGGUUCAUGUCGUAUGGUUGAAUAUAGUCAUUGAUGUGGUAGGAUGGCUGUAUUUUGUGGCCUGGUCGACGUCAUUCUAUCCUCAAGUUGUUCUCAACUUCAGAAGAAAAUGUGUAAUUGGUUUAAAUUUUGAUUUCUUGGCAUAUAACUUGACUGGCUUUCUUGCGUAUGGAAUGUAUAAUAUUGGUAUGUAUUGGAUUCCUGAAGUAUGGGAUGAAUAUAAAGAGGGUCAUCCGCGUGGUGUCAACCCAGUGCAGAUUAAUGAUGUGGUCUUCACGUUACAUGCCAUAUUCAUCACAGCAUUCACAAUCAUGCAAGCAUUCAUAUAUGAAAGUGGUACACAGAAAGUGUCCAAAAUCUGCAUUGCUAUAUUAUGUGGUAGCUGGACAUUUGCUAUUAUUACAUUGAUUAUUGCCGCUGCAAGCCAUGGAGAUAUCAUAUCAUGGCUCAACUACCUAUUAUAUUUAUCUUAUAUUAAACUAGGUGUCACUCUUAUCAAGUAUAUACCUCAGGCCUACAUGAAUUAUCAACGUAAAAGCACAGAGGGAUGGAGUAUAGGAAACAUUCUACUCGAUAUGACUGGUGGUACUCUAAGUCUAGUACAGAUGUUCCUCAUUUCUUACAAUUACAAUGACUGGAAAUCUAUAUUUGGCGAUCCAACUAAGUUUGGACUCGGAGUUUUUUCAAUCUGUUUUGAUAUCUUGUUCAUUGUACAGCAUUACAUUCUGUACAGAGGGAAUCGCCCAAUCAAUGGGGAGAAGAAUAAAUUGAUAAAUAACAAAGGUAAAAAAAUUUAUGCCAGUUUGUAGAAGUCUCAGAUCAUCUCCUUUUUCAAAUUAUGAUUUUCCCCUAUACUGUCAGCUUUUUCAAAUGUGUAUAGACUAAUGUGAAAUUUUCAUCAAAAUAUAGUUAAACUAUUGUCAGCAAUACCACAUGUGAGCGAUUGUUAAGGGUGUUCUCAAUUUUAGGCAAAUGUCCAUCAUUUUAAUGUUUUUUGGGGGGGGGCAGAUAUACUUUGACAUUGCUUUCACAUUAAAAAAAAAACAGUACUGAUUAACAAUGGAAGUUAGCAAAUGCCAUGGAACCAUAAAACUACAUUGUGUUCAAUGGUGAUAUGCAAGUGAUAAUAUAAUGCUGAGCUGAAAAUUGAUAAAGGUGAUAGUGCAACUAUUGGUGGCAGAGUGAUGCCUGUAAUUGUAUUUUCUGUAAUUUGUCUUGCAUUUGUACCUUUACUGUAUGUAUCGCUUUAUACGUAGGUGUCAUUGUUUUAUUACACCUACUUCUAAAUCUGAAACAUGACAGAGAUGCAAUUAUAUAGCACAAAAUACAGUAGUUACCAUGGUGAAUUGUGAUGGUAUUUUUACUUAAUUUCUGUAAUUUUCACUUCUCAGUUUAUUUUUGAGCAAAAAGACAAGAUAUGAAAUAAUUCAUGGAUUUUGCCUAAAUAAAGUCAACGUUUUCAAAACAUUGGCAGAUAUUGUGUAAAAUGCAUGACCAUAAUUGGUAGUGAAAAAAUUAUGGAAAUUUAAUGCAUAUUAUUCACUUUUACGUGUAAAUUUGUUAACAAUAAUAUAACCAUAUAUUCUGAAACUGACUAUUUUUUUUUUGGCUUGGAGAGGCUUAUUUUUGAGGCUUUUAUUCACUUGUCUUUUACCUCAUACUCUGUUUACAUUGUCUUCCUAAUAAUGACGUCACUGCAAUGCAUGUGAAAACAGACCAUAAUUGAACAAGCAUGGGGAAGAGAGAUUAUCUGAAAUCAUUUUGUACUGGCUUUAUUUAAAAACUAUUUACACACAACUGUCACUAACACAAAUCUUUUCUACUUGAAUUCUCAAUAAAUAUUAGCCACAAGCUUGUACAUGAAAGAA